AUGGCUCCUUCUUCGCCGUCAACCCUCAUCCGUUCCAUUUCCAACAUCCCGGCCACUUUCCCGGUCACUCCCCACCGUCAGAAACUGCACUUCGUUACCGUUUCUCGAUCUCAAAGCAGGCAAAGGGAAAUGAUGGAAAUGGGUUUUUUUAGAAUGAGUGGGCUGGUGGAAUUGGAGCUUAAAGUGCGUGAUUACGAGCUGGAUCAAUACGGAGUUGUCAACAAUGCUGUUUACGCCAGUUAUUGCCAACAUGGUCGUCAUGAGCUUUUGGAGAGGAUUGGUGUCAGUGCUGAUGCAGUUGCUCGCACUGGAGAUGCGUUGGCACUGUCAGAAUUGUCACUCAAAUUCCUAGCGCCGCUUAGAAGUGGAGACAGGUUUGUUGUAAAGGUAAGGGUCUCUGGUUCCUCUGCUGCUCGCCUAUACUUUGAACACUUCAUCGUCAGACUGCCAAAAGAAGAGCCAAUUCUGGAAGCAAAAGCAACAGCUGUCUGGCUUGAUAAAAAUUAUCGUCCUGUUCGUAUUCCACCUCAAUUCAGAUCUAAAUUUGUUCAGUUCCUUCGGCAUGAGGAGUCUUAA